AUGACCAAAGCCAAGCAGCUCGUCGACCACAGCCACGACAUUGUCGCCGAUAUGCUCGAGGGACUCGUGCUCUCGCAUCCGCAUCUCGUACUCGAACGUGCACAGCGUGUGGUGCUGCAUCGCAAUUAUCGAGAUCUUCGAGAGGGCCAAGUGACGCUCGUCUCAGGUGGUGGGAGCGGCCACGAACCUGCUCAUGCUGGCUACAUUGGCACGGGGAUGCUCACGGCGGUGGUCUGUGGGGGUGUCUUUGCUUCGCCCUCAACGCAGCAGGUGCUCACGGCCAUUCGAUUGGCUACGGGACCGCACGGGUGUCUCGUUCUGGUCAAGAACUACACAGGAGAUCGCCUGAACUUUGGGCUUGCAGUCGAACAAGCCAAAGCGGAAGGAAUCAAGUGUGACAUGGUAGUCAUUGGAGACGACGUGGCAGUCCUGCAAGCUAAUGCAGGUCGUCGAGGGCUCUGCGGAACUGUGUUUGUACACAAGUUGGCAGGUGCUGCAGCUGCAGCAGGGACAGAUCUAGCGACGCUUGUGGAUAUGGUCAACGGCUUGAUGGAAACGAGCAAAGUGGGCACAAUGGGCGUGGCUAUCAAGCCUUGCACCUUACCAGGCCAGCAAGAUAAUUCGAGAGAGUGGAAAGACAAUGAGAUGGAGAUUGGCUUGGGGAUCCACGGCGAGCCGGGAGUGACCAAGUGCGAGCAACAGGACGUGCCGGCUCUGUGCAAAUUGCUGCUGGAGAAGAUCACGACAGAUCGAAUGCCCAUGGGACUGGCACUUGGACACGGAAGUAAGUGCGUGCUGAUGGUGAACAAUUUGGGCGCGACGACAGCGAUGGAGCUGUACGUGGUGGCCAAGUACGCAGUGGAAGCGCUUCGAGCAAAGGGCAUUGAGCCUGAACGUGUGCUUGUUGGCUCCUUCAUGACAGCACUGGACAUGGCAGGGUUUUCUCUGUCGGUGUGGAACUCGAACGGCGAUGCUAAGAUGCUCGCGUUGUUUGAUGCACCCACGUCAGCACUGGCAUGGACGUAUGCAUCCUUCGAUGCUUCGCAGUCGACGAUCUCGGUGCCGUUCGUUAACGCAGAAGCCCCCACUCAGCCUCGAGAUACAUUUGUGCGCCCAGCUGAGCUCUCAGACGAUGGACGUCUACUUGAAAAGUGCAUCGUGACUGUGUGUGAUGCUCUGAUUCAACACGAGCCACAGCUCACACAAUGGGAUACCAAGGUGGGCGAUGGCGAUUGUGGCACGACGUUUAAGAAAGCAGCCGAAGCUAUUCUGGCCGACUUGAAGGAUCACUACCCGUUGAAUGACGCUGCGCAGACAUUGCGUGCGCUUGCUGCAUCAGUGAGUCGUAGUGCUGGUGGUACUUCUGGUGUGCUCUAUGUGAUCUUCUUGACGGCUGGAUCACUGCACCUCGACCAUUGUCAAACAUGUGACACUGAUGCGUGGAUUGGUGCCUUUCGUGCUGGCACCAGUGCUAUUGAGAAAUACGGCGGCGCCAAGAAGGGCUGUCGCACGAUGCUGGAUGCGCUUAUCCCAGCACUCGAGGCUCUUCUUGACAGCCAUGACUUACAGGCUGGGAAUAUGUCUGCCACCGCAGCUGCAGAAGCAGCCCAAGAAGGUGCCGAGGCAACAGCUCUGAUUUCUACGACAAAAGCAUUUGGCCGUGCUGGAUACGUCGGUGAAGAGUUCGGUGUCGGCGUCCCUGAUCCUGGUGCCAAAGCUGCUGCAUUCUGGAUCCAGGCCGUCGCUGACACGGUAAACUUGAGCCAAAGCAGGAAGUGA